AUGCUCAUUGAGAUUGCGGGCCUAGUGCUAGGGGCUCUACCGCUGUUCAUCUCGGCAGCGGAACAUUACCGGGAUAGUUUUGCACUUGUCAAAAGGGCCUUGAAGAAGAAGCAGUUCCCGCAACAGUACAAGGAUGAGCUAGCUCUGCAGCGAACUCUGUUGUGCCUCUAUAUCAAGGCCGUAGUGGGGAAAACGUCCCUGCUACUUGCAACUCAAGCAGAGUUGGUCGACGACUUUCAGGGUGAUGCAUGGCGAAGACCGGAAGUGGUCAAAGAGUUGUCCAACGAACUUGGGAAGGCCUCUCAGCCUUUCAUCACGCUUCUGACCAGCAUCUUGCGACUCUGGCGAAGCAACUCCGGUCUGAUGGUGGCAGCGGUGGUACGACAGAUGACGAUGUCGCAAGUUCCAUACCUUUUCCGAGUCCCUGCUCAACAGCUAACGUUCGAUAAGGUGCAUAAACCGCAACAGCUUUACCUUGAGGCUGUAACAGACACAUCUGAAUCUGCACGAGAGCACAUCUGGAGCAGAACUAAGUUCAGCUGGAAACACGCUGAUAGGUUAAACUUGUUGGCCGAGUUGAAAUCCUACAAUUCAGCGUUGAAGAAGUUAGGCACCGCUGUGAACCACGCGAAACCCUACGAACGGAAACAGCAGACGCGGAGGGCGAAUACGACUUUCAGGCUUCCCGCUGACACCGAGAGGCUGUAUGAAGUCAUUUGCAAGGCCUGCAGCUGCCAGCCUCUCAAGUAA